AUGCUGCUGUCUGCCGUCCCGUUCAUCUUGCUCUCUCGCUGCGGCUAUCUGACGCCUCAUCACGUUAAUGUUGCCAUCGGUCAUUGCAAGCCAAUGUUGCAGAUUCGUCUCCAUCACACUGAUGCAUGUGUUGCCUCCAUAUUGAUGUUGCAAUCGCGGAUGUCAGCCAGCGAGAAUUAUAUCGAUGGCCAAAUUAGGUUAACUUUUAAUUCCGCACAUCGUGUCGCUCAGAUUGAAGCGGCCUUUGAAAACAACGCGACGCUUUACUGCUACCCGAACGGCACUUGGUCUCGUAUCUCGUUCUACAACGACUGCCUGAACGUCGUUAUGAACAACACUGAAGAGAGAGACUCUACGACCGUUAGCACGAGCCAGACCAUCUUCUACAUCGGCAAUUCGCUGAGUCUCGUGGCAGUCACGUUGGCUCUCUGGAUCUUCAUCUCCUUCAAAGACCUGAGAUGCCUAAGGAAUACCAUCCAUACCAACUUGCUCUUCACGUACCUGCUACACAACCUAUUCUGGAUUGUGUAUGCUUCGGUGCAGACAAUGGUCAACGAGAGCAUCGGUUGUACCUUCUUUGUUGCUCUAAGUUACUUCAACUUGACCAACUUCAUGUGGAUGUUUGUGGAAGGACUUUACCUCUACAUGCUGGUGGUUAAGACGUUUUCUGUGGAAAACAUUAAACUACGAGUUUACACAUUAAUAGGAUGGGGCAUACCCGUCGCCAUCAUAAUAACUUGGGUGAUUCUCAAGUCUAACUUGACAGUCGCGCACACCGGUCCCGAGGCAGGGGUGGACGUCGAGGGCCUGCUGAGAACGUGCCCCCUCAUGCCCGUCAGUCACGUGGAUUGGAUACAGAAAGUUCCCGUUCUCUUCUUCCUCUCCACCAAUUUCAUCUUCCUCAUGCGCAUAAUGUGGGUCCUCAUCACGAAGCUCCGUUCCGCCAACACGGUCGAGACGCAGCGGUACCGGAAGGCGACGAAGGCUCUGCUGGUGUUGAUCCCGCUCCUGGGCCUCACCUACAUGCUGCUCAUCGCCCUCCCGCAGGAACUCGAACACGUCAGAGCCAUUUUGCUGUCCACGCAGGGCUUCUGGGUAGCUGUGUUCUUCUGCUUCCUGAACAGCGAAGUGCAGAACAGCAUCCGACACCACAUUGAGAGAUGGAAAACAGAGCGAGGGAUAACCGACCCUCGGAACCCCUCCAUUAGGCUGAGCAGGGACGGUUCCCCAAGACCCAGGACGGUCUGCUCCAGGCAGAAACGACGAUUGUACAUAGUUACAUUCACCAAAAAGGACAGAUUUCGAAGAGAUUAUGCCGCAAAUAAUUCUAUGGUCCCUUUUCCGGGACUUUACAAGGCCUUGGAAAAUGAAAAUUUUUGGCUCCUUGUACCAGCGCUCAGAUCCACAUCGUUGGACCUGUUUGAUGGCAAACGCAUACCACAAUAUGGACGUGGCACAAAAAUGCAAAAUAUACAUGGAACUAGCAAGAAUUAA